GUAUGUGCAUCCCUGUCCCGAACUGCCAUGUCUAUUCACCAGUACUUCACUCUAUGCUGUACCUGUUUCCGUGGCACUUGGUUAUCAUCCUCGAAGCUAACAAAGCUUCCUUACUCGAACGGGACUCUUGACGUUGCUUCUUGUUUGUUGCGUCUCCUUUUUACCAAAAUUGACUGGUGGUGGGCGUCUGCUCUGAUACCUCUUCUAGGAGCCACUCUCGGCCCACUUGCAAACUUGUCUUCUAUCGCUGCUCUAGUGACUUCAUGGAGGGCACAAAUAAACAUAGGAGGUCAGUUUCUUGCUGAACUAGACGGAACCCUAUAUGCAGAUCCAGGGUGGGUUUACUGGCUCAAUGUUGUCAGCCUGAUAUGCGGUUUUCUAGGGAAUCUGUUCCUUCUAUUCAACUUCACUCAACGCAUAAGGUACAUCGUCGCCUUACCUGCCACUAUACUGUUCUGGCUCCUGGCAUCGGGCCUAUUGAUUGGCCUCACAGUCAGUAUGGAGCUGAAUUUCCCACCGCUCAGACCAAACCAGACCUAUACACAAGGGUUCUGGUAUGCUGUAGCAGCUGCUGCAAUGUAUCUACUUUGCUCCUUACUCUUGAUGAUCAACAUGCUGGGUCACUUCUUGGGACGGUAUCCGGACGACUUUAUCCUUUCCGACUCACAAAGAACGUUGAUCCUUCAGACAAUGGCCUUCAUCAUCUGGCUUGGAGGGGGCGCAGCAACGUUUUCCAAGAUUGAGACUGACUCCGGACAAAGUGGAUGGCAUUUCGCCAACGCGGUUUACUUUUGCGAUGUCACCAUUCUCACAGUGGGCUUCGGCGACUUCUACCCUACUACAGAUCUAUCUCGAGGCAUGGUCAUCCCGUAUUCUGUUGGGGGUAUCGUGAUCCUGGCUUUGAUCGUCAAUUCCAUCUACAAGUUCAUGCGAGAAAUGGGGGAGCAGAAUAUUGUAUUGAAGCACACCGAACGAAUAAGAGUAAGGACGAGAGAUCUGGCUGCUCAGAACUCAUUUGAUCUUCGGCAGCGCGAGAGCAACGAACACCACGUGAUUCGAAGGCGUACGGUCAAUGCAGCCACACGUCCUAGGAUCAGCAUGCCCACUCAGCCUAGAGUACUACGAACAUCAAUCAACGACACGGCAUCGCCAUCAAACACAGGCAGCAAUCCCCUGUCUCUGGUAGUCUCAAAUAUAUCACUCAUGGGAAAGAAGAAGAAGAAGGCUCGCGCUAUUCUCCUUCGUGAAGAGAAAGAGCGAUUCCAAGCUAUGCGAGAUAUCCAGAUGCGGUCGCGAAGGUUCAAAAAGUGGAUUGCGCUGGUGAUUUCUGUGAUCGCUUUCGGUAUUCUGUGGUGUGUGGGAGCUGUCGUCUUCUGGCAAGCAGAGAAGAAAGCCCAGAACAUGACUUACUUCCGAGCGCUUUACUUUUGCUACAUUUCCCUUCUGACGAUCGGAUAUGGCGAUCUCUCUCCAAAAACGAACGCAGGCCGAACCUUCUUCGUCAUAUGGAGUCUUAUUGCUGUACCUACUAUAACGGUAUUAGUGUCAGACAUGGGUGACACCGUGGUGCACAAGUUCAAGGAGUGGAGCAAUCAACUCGCGGACUUCACCGUUCUCCCCAAACACGGUAUAUGGAGGGAUUUUCUCGAAAAGCACCCUUGGCUCCUUCAGUGGAUCUUGGGAAUUCAAGCUCGAAAAGCUUUGAAGAGAAGAUUAAAGAGAGGGUUCGAAGCGACGGAUCCCGAUGCAAAUGAGGAAUCAGGUGGACCUCAGCCAGGUGAUACAGAUAUUGAGAAGCAGGAAACUGUUUCUCCUACCACAUCAUCUAAUCGUAAUGCUGAUACUGAAGAAACGGACGAGCUAGACUCAUCAUCUCUUGGAAGACAUCUCGCAUUGAACAUUAGGCGUGUGGUGGCUGAUCUUCGUCAUCCCACCCCUAAGCAAUACGAGUAUGAAGAAUGGGUUGAGUUCACUCGGCUUAUCAGAAACACCCGGGGCUCCAUAACGAGAGGUGAUGCAGAAGGCGAGGAGGACGAGGAGGAAGGGUUGGUGGAGUGGGAUUGGAUCGGGUCAGAUAGCCCGAUGAUGUCGGGUAUGUCCGAACCAGAGUGGCUUCUCCACCGCCUCUGUGAGAGCCUCAUUCGCAUGGACAGACGUCGAGAAGAAAUCUAUGGGAGGAAUCGGUCGCGCGAUCCAGAUGGGGUUGAUCGGCCCAAGGACGAUGGAGGUGAUGCGGAUUUGGUGAUAGAACAGACGAUAUACGGUGUGGAUCCAGGGAGUGGGCACAAAGAGUGA